CAUUUUCUUAAGCUAGCGCUGCUCGUGUAGGACUCGCUCAAUUUGCAAAGGGCUGGCUCUGAAAACGGGGAGAAGAGAGAAAACAAACCCAAGCCUCGUCCCUAUCUGCUGAUUAGCUUCAGUGCAGAGAGCGGUGUGGGUUUGCUGGUUUUUUUCCUUAAAGACCUUCAGCGUUAAAGGACAUUGGGCUCUUUCCAGCUUCCUGCUUCCCUCCAAACUUUGGGAAGAGCAAAAUCAAGGAAGAGGGGAGUGGAAAAGGAGGGGGGGGGGAAGCGAAUCCAGGAGUUUGGGAUUUUUUAACCCCUUCCCUUCCAUGGAAAUCCAGGGGGGUUUUCCCGCCAGUGAAAGGCUGGAUUGCUGGAGGCGGAGGGAAAGCAGCGAGAGCAGCCGCAGCCUAUGAAUUGAUUCAGUCGUGCAAAGCCAUUGCAUGGCCGCUUCCCCCGCCCGCAGCCUGCUCUUCGCCAGACUGAAGCGCCCCAACUUGGAGCAGCUGGGCGGGUGGUAAUCCUCGGGCUGGAGGAACCUCGCCUCCCGAGCCAGGAGCACAGAAUAAGAGAAGCAAAUGGUUUCAAAGAAGGACUCAGAAGCCAACCUGUUACUCCCAGAAGAAACUUGAGGGAAGGUUGAAAUUGGGCUCUGAAGGCAGCAGCCUGGUUCAUUUUAAGUGGGGCACAAUCCUUCCUUGCUUCACCAGCCCUUCUGUCCUCGAAGCAGUGAGCUCGAUCCUGAUCUCCCAGCAGCACAUCGUGGGGGAAACUCCAUUUAACACCAGGAUCAGGCCCAUUCUUCCUCCCUUGGAUCCCGAAUCACAGCUGUGAUAUCUGUCCGCAGACAGCUCCUGUUGCCGCUGGUAUCCAGGGAACCCUUCUCCUUCUCCAAGAGAUACACACUGGUUGUUGCUAAGGUCGCUUCCACGGUAACAUGCACAUCCUGUUUACACCUUUAUCUGGAGAAGUUGGGCUCAGCUAGUCACGCCAGCUUCACCUGGGAAGCUGUAGAAGGAAGCACCCACUUCCCCACUUCUGGCACCUCCGCUAGGAUUCUCCUCUCUGUCAAAGCCCCACCAUCCAGUCCUCUCCGGGGCCGUGGAGCUAAGGCGGCUGCUGGGAGCUGCCAAGGACCGUCUGUGUCUCCUGCGGGACAUUCAGGGGAGGGAGGUGAACAAAUAGGAGCCAGCGUUUUUCCGCUCGCGUCUGUUGCAACUCACGCUGAUUUGGCAACAUGACGAACAACGCUGCUGACCACCAUCCUGGGAAUUCGGUCACCGAGGGCAGCCAUGAAGGGGAUUUUGGCUGCUCUCUGGUCGAUCUGCGGACCCUCAUGGAGCUUCGGAGCGGCGAGGCUGUCGCAAGGAUAAAUGACACGUACGGGGGUGUGCAGAACAUCUGCAAGAGGCUGAAGACGUCGCCGGUAGAAGGCUUAUCUGGGAACCCAGCAGAUCUGGAGAAGCGGAGGCAGGUCUUUGGCCAGAACUUCAUCCCACCCAAAAAGGCCAAGACCUUCCUGCAGUUAGUCUGGGAGGCGCUUCAGGACGUCACGCUGAUCAUCUUGGAAAUCGCAGCCAUAAUCUCCCUGGGCUUGUCGUUCUAUCACCCCCCGGGCGGCGACAGCGAAUUGUGCGGCCAAGCAGCGGCGGGCGCGGAGGACGAGGGGGAGGCGCAGGCUGGCUGGAUCGAGGGGGCAGCCAUUCUCUUCUCGGUGAUCAUUGUGGUGCUGGUGACGGCCUUCAACGACUGGAGCAAGGAGAAGCAGUUCCGGGGCCUCCAGAACCGGAUCGAGCAGGAGCAGAAGUUCACGGUCAUCCGCAAGGGGCAGGUGAUCCAGAUCCCUGUGGCCGAGCUUGUGGUGGGGGACAUCGCGCAGAUCAAAUACGGUGAUCUGCUGCCCUCGGAUGGGAUCCUGAUCCAAGGCAAUGAUCUGAAGAUUGACGAGAGCUCUCUGACUGGGGAGUCGGACCACGUCAAGAAAUCAGUGGAUAAAGACCCCAUGCUGCUUUCCGGUACCCAUGUGAUGGAGGGCUCUGGACGGAUGUUAGUCACAGCUGUGGGCAUCAACUCGCAAACUGGAAUCAUCUUCACUCUUCUGGGCGUGGGAGAUGGGGAGGAGGAGAAGAAGGUGAAGAAAGGUAAAAAAGCAGGAGCCCCUGAAAAUCGCAACAAAGCUAAAACUCAGGAUGGCGUGGCCCUGGAGAUCCAGCCCCUGAAGAGCCAGGAAGGGGUGGAGAAUGAGGAUAAGGAGAAGAAGAAGGUGAAGGUCCCGAAGAAGGAGAAAUCGGUGCUGCAAGGGAAGCUCACCCGUCUGGCGGUGCAGAUUGGGAAGGCAGGACUGAUCAUGUCGGCCAUCACGGUCAUCAUCCUGGUGCUGUACUUUGUGAUCGACACCUUCGCGAUGCAGCGCAGGCCCUGGCUGGCGGAGUGCACCCCCAUCUACAUCCAGUACUUUGUCAAGUUCUUCAUCAUUGGUGUCACUGUGCUGGUGGUGGCCGUGCCUGAGGGCCUGCCUCUGGCUGUUACCAUCUCCCUGGCCUACUCAGUCAAGAAAAUGAUGAAGGACAACAACCUGGUGAGGCACCUGGAUGCCUGCGAGACCAUGGGCAACGCUACGGCCAUCUGCUCGGACAAGACGGGCACGCUCACCAUGAACCGCAUGACCGUGGUGCAGGCCUACGUGGGCGACACCCAUUAUCGGCAGAUCCCCGACCCUGAAGCCAUCCUGCCCAAGGUCUUGGACCUCAUCGUCAAUGGCGUCGCCAUCAACUCAGCCUACACGUCAAAGAUCCUGCCACCAGAAAAGGAAGGGGGUCUCCCGCGGCAAGUGGGAAACAAGACGGAGUGCUCCCUGCUGGGCUUCGUCCUGGAUUUGAAGCAAGACUACCAGGUGGUUCGGAACGAGGUGCCAGAGGAGAAGCUCUACAAGGUCUACACCUUCAACUCGGUGCGCAAAUCCAUGAGCACGGUCUUGAAAAACCCGGACGGCAGCUUCCGCAUGUACAGCAAAGGGGCCUCUGAGAUCAUCCUACGCAAGUGCACAAAGAUCCUGGACAAGAACGGGGACCUGCGGGUGUUCAAGGUGAAGGACCGGGAUGAGAUGGUGAAGAAGGUGAUUGAGCCGAUGGCGUGCCAGGGGCUGCGCACCAUCUGCCUGGCCUUCCGCGACUUUCCUGCCGACGCCGAGCCUAACUGGGACAGCGAGAACGAGAUCGUGUCUGACCUGGCCUGUAUCACCGUGGUCGGCAUAGAGGACCCUGUCCGGCCAGAGGUGCCAGAGGCCAUCGUGAAGUGCCAGCGUGCUGGCAUCACCGUCCGCAUGGUGACAGGUGACAACAUCAACACCGCCCGCGCCAUCGCUACCAAGUGCGGCAUCCUGCUGCCCGGGGAGGACUUCCUGUGCCUGGAGGGCAAGGAGUUCAACCGGCUCAUCCGGAACGAGAAGGGAGAGGUGGAGCAAGAGCAGCUGGAUAAAGUCUGGCCCAAGCUGCGAGUCCUGGCCCGUUCCUCCCCCACGGAUAAGCAUACGCUUGUGAAAGGAAUUAUUGACAGCACUGUUGGAGAGCGGCGGCAGGUGGUGGCCGUGACUGGGGAUGGGACCAAUGAUGGCCCAGCCUUGAAGAAAGCUGAUGUUGGCUUUGCUAUGGGCAUCGCAGGCACGGACGUGGCCAAAGAGGCUUCAGACAUCAUCCUGACAGACGACAACUUCACCAGCAUCGUCAAGGCAGUGAUGUGGGGCCGCAACGUAUAUGACAGCAUCUCCAAGUUCCUGCAGUUCCAGCUGACCGUCAACGUGGUGGCGGUCAUUGUCGCUUUCACAGGGGCCUGCAUCACACAGGACUCUCCGCUGAAGGCCGUCCAGAUGCUGUGGGUGAACUUGAUCAUGGACACCUUUGCGUCCUUAGCCCUUGCCACAGAGCCCCCCUCAGAGUCCCUGCUGCUGCGUCGGCCGUACGGCCGCAACAAGCCCCUGAUCUCCCGCACCAUGAUGAAGAACAUCCUGGGGCACGCGGUGUACCAGCUCACCAUCAUCUUCACGCUGCUCUUUGCAGGCGAGAAGUUCUUUGAUAUUGACAGUGGCCGGAACACGCCGCUGCACUCGCCGCCCUCUGAACACUACACCAUUGUCUUCAACACCUUCGUCAUGAUGCAGCUGUUCAACGAGAUCAAUGCUCGCAAGAUUCAUGGCGAGAGGAACGUCUUUGAUGCCAUCUUCCGGAAUCCCAUCUUCUGCACGGUGGUGCUGGGAACCUUUGCUGCCCAGAUCCUCAUCGUGGAGUUUGGUGGGAAGCCGUUCAGCUGCUCCGGGCUCACCUUGAGCCAGUGGCUCUGGUGCAUCUUUAUCGGUGUUGGAGAGCUACUUUGGGGCCAGCUGAUCUGCAGUGUUCCGACCAGCCAGCUGAAGUUCCUGAAGGAAGCCGGACACGGUACCACCAAGGAGGAUAUUCCAGAGGAGGACCUGCUGGAGGACAUGGAUGAGAUUGACCAUGCUGAAAUGGAGCUGCGGCGGGGGCAGAUUCUGUGGUUCAGGGGCCUCAACAGGAUACAGACUCAGAUCAAAGUGGUGAAUGCGUUCCGUAGCUCUUUAUAUGAAGGCCUCAAGAAACCCGAAUCCAGAAGCUCCAUUCAUAACUUCUCAACUCACCCUGAGUUCAUCAUGGAGGAAGACGAGCCUCAAUCCCCAUUCCUCGACGACGCAGAAGAAGACUCCAAGACUGACGGACUCAAAAACCAAGGUGGGAGUAGCCCAGGUGAAUCCUUCUCCCUCAACCAAAAUAACAAUGCGGUGGACAGCGAUCUAGCCGAGAACACCGUCCCGGAGUUUGAAAGCCCCUUAGACAGCCUGGAAUCAUCGGUUUGACCUUUGAACUUUGCUACCCCCUUCACUUCCUUCACCCUGAGUCCCGUGUGAUAUCAGCACCAAUAACUGAUAUUGCAGAGUGGUCACUUCAUGUUAACGGCUCAUAUGUAUACUAUUUUGUUUUCCUUUUAUGAUUUAGUGGCAGGAACCAGAGUACCAUGGGUUGGGGAGGGGGGAGGGGAGGGAGCAGUUUGCAGUGGGUACUUGCCCAGGUGGGAAACAGCCAAGUUGAUAUUUCUUCUCCUUGAGUCAAGUUCCGUGUGUCCAUAGGGGUUUUUCAUUUUGAAAAAUGCAUGUUCAAAGAAAAGGUUCAGAUUGUCUUAAAUAGUCUUACAUGCACGCUUGCCAUCUGAAGGUGCAUUUGUGGGGUGACUUGGGGGUCUUUUAGCUUGUGGGAUUUGACCCCCGAUAACGUCACACUGUGGGGCGGGGGGAGAAGCAGCAUGAAGGUACAGAUUUAAAAAUUGAACAGGGGGAAAAAAUCUUGAAUUGUGUUAGAGGAGGAAAGGGAAAAACCAAACAGCUAUUCCCUGCGGGAGACUCUGAUGGUUAGAGUAUGUAAACCAGUCUUCCACCUUGAAAAAAUGGUACCUAACCUUUACUACUUUUCUGUCUUCGUAUGUGUGUGUCUCUCUGUUUCCAACAUGCUAACUGUGAUUAAAAACAAGGGAGGAGGGUGAUUUAAGAGUCUUAAAUAUGUUGGCUAAGAGAUGAUUUGAAAAAGACCCUGCUUUGUUACAAAGCCCCACAGGAGAUGCUGCCACCAUUGCUGGGAAUGUUCUCCAAGAACUGCCAUGACUGGAAAUAAGAAGUCUUACUUUCUGCAGACCUUUUUAAAUGCAUCUUUUUGCUCUUGAACUGUAUUAUAUCGGUCGGCAGGAUUUUCGAUGGUCGGCAAGAGUCAUGCGUAAUUUAAUAGCAAAUCAUUUCUGAACCACUUUGGUGAGCAGAGGUGUUUUUGCGUGGUUUUUUUUUUGUUUGUUUGUUUGUUUUUUAAACUGUCAGAUUUAAAUAUUCCUUUGGCCCUGGAGUGAGGCUAGCCACGGCUAAGGUUCAUCCCAAAGAACAUACCACGUGCUGCACAUCUGUUUCAAAGCAGUGGCGGGGUCUGGAUGGGAAUCGACUGCCAGCUGCUCAUGGAACCGCUGGGGCAACUUAAGGCUACCCAUCCUUGCUGGGUUUUGCAGGUCCCUUAGGAAAGAGAAGAGACUGUAGUAGGGGAAGCCAUAUUUGCAGUGGCCAUAUCUGCACAAUCCCAUUGAGUGUACAUACCCGCCUCAUGAUGGAAUUGUCCUGUCUGUGUCUUUCUAGGGUUGGAUGAAGCCGUUUGCAAAUAGGGGCAUCCUCCUAUAACAUGGCUGUCUUAUUCCUGGGAAGGGCACCUCCUUCAUCAGAACUUCAGAGGAGGCUUAAUAGCUAGGCUUUGCCCCACUCUCCCUUGUCACAAUGGUUCCCUCUCCACCUUAAACCCUAAUUUGCCUCCCCUCUUGCCUGGAUCUUGUUGCAUCUCAGUACUACAAGCAGAGGCAAGAAAUGAUGAUCUGUGAAGCUAAGGUCAUAGCCAAUGUAACUUACUCUGGAGAAAUCCGUUCCAGGGUGUCCUGUGCUAAUUGUUAAUGUGUCUCUUGGGGUUUUUUAGGUUUGUCCCCUGAUAUUUAGGCUGUGGCAGGGUGAGAGGCCUGGGCUUCAGCUUUUGAUCAUCUGGGAAGCCACUCAAUGAAAUAGUUCUGAGCAAACUCACUUGUGAUGCCAAGAAAGGGUCAAAUCAUGAGUGAUGGGAGAUGUCUGCAACUCCUGUUGACUUCAUUGGGUACUUUUUGUGCCUCUCAGAGUUUGGCCCUAGAUUGGUGUCAUGGAGAAAUGCUGUAGAAGGUUACCUAUUUUACCCCCUUAUCCAACACUUAUUCAAUUAAAAGCUGUACCUGGAAGCAGAGAGAGAACCCACUUGCAACUGACUGUAUUAAAGGGUUUGUGACAAAAAGGGACAGGGGGGCCUUGCCCAGCCUCCUUCCUAACAAGCAGAAAUAUCUUAAUGAGCGAGUGAAGGUUGUGUGGGGUUUUUUUCUUAGUUUUUUUGUUUUUAAGAACGCACAGCAAAAACUCCCGUGCCUUUUCCAAGCACUGCCCAAAGCACCGUCUGCCACUUGGGAGCCCGGUACUUUGCCAAGAAAUAAGUGUUCCUUAAACAACCCAACACUGACUCAUGCCCUGGCGCUGUCACGCUUCAUUCCACAUCUGUUCAGGGUAGACCAAUGAAAGGUCCUUCUCACAGGGUCUUCUGCUCCAUGGCUAGUAAAGAGGAGGGGAUGCUAGGCUCCACAAACUACCAAUACCAAGAAGAAAUCACCACCACUGUGCAUCUUACUUGCAAAUCAAAGCCCACCCCUUUCAUCCAGAAAAAAACACCUGCUUCCUUCAUUCCUUUCAUUCUUCAUCUGAGCUAUAAUUGGGAGGGAUUAAGGGGGAAAUUUAGCUGUUUCUUGGUCUCUUACAUGACCUAUCUGAUAGGAAAGAGAAAAGGAUUUUCGUUUUUCUGUUUUAAAGCUUACAUUGCUUAAAAGAUCAUUUUUCUAUUUUAAAUACUUGCAAAAAAACCCCACAACAGAUGAAAAUACGGUGUUCUUAGGAGUUUACGUAAAUAUUUAUUAAAUACUUUUGGGGGACACUGAUUUUGUUUCUUUGAUAUUUUUUUAUUACCUCGGACCUGUUUUAAAAAAAAAAAAACUUUUGGGGGGGGGCAGGGGGAACUUUGGAAGCGCUUAAAAAGUCACUCCCAGAAGUCUCUGUGACUGGCAGGUUACCAUGAGGGUCUGGUCUACCUUUUUAGUCAAUUUAUUUUUUUGUUCUAGUUUCAAUCGUAGGAGGGGGGGGAAAUAAUUAUAUAUAAAUAUUAUGCAAAAAAUAUAGUUUUCUUUAGAUCAGAAACUGAUAUUUUUAAGUCAGCCAUAUGUAUUUUGUUUAAAGGAAAAAAACAAAGCUGUAAGUCAUGUGUCUGCAAUGGAAUGUGAUCACAUGACUGGCAGUUUAAAGUGACAGGUAACUUAAAGAUUGGUCAGAUUCCAAUCAACUUCCUUUCUCUGAGCAGCCAUCUUUGUACUAAAAGUUAGUUGGAUUACACAGAACUGUUUUUUAUAUAAAUUAUGUUGGUAUGGCUGGUUGCUUAAAGUAUAAGCGUUUAUUGUGCAUACUUUUUUAUGUAAAAUAUUGUUUUUCUAUUUAGUUUCAGUGAUAAACUGGCAGCAGUUAACUAUGGCUUAAGUUAUUGAGGAAACUUAAACUGGGGAGAGAAAGAGAUGGUGCUUUCAAUUUAAAAGGCAUGGUAGCCUAAAUGAAUUUCUUAAAACAUGCCUUGAAAGAUGGAGAGAGGUUUUUAUUUUAUUUUUUACUGCCAACAGAACGAGUGGGAGGGAAAAAAUUAAACAGAUAGUGCCAUGUCAGACAGGAAAUGAAGUAAUAUCCUGUGAUACGUGUUAACUUGCCUUGGAAUGCUGUGUUAUUAAAACACUCUAAACGAUUUUGCAUCCAAUUCUUAAGGGUAGGGUCUGUUUUUUGUUUUGUUAAAUCAAGUGGCAGAUUGGUACCAAAGACAUUACAUCACUUCCUGUGUGCAAUGGUGAAUAUCCAUUUGUAGGAGCUUUCAUCAUGUGAUUAGGUUUGGAAAGGGGGUGUUUGUUUGCACAGGGAUCUGACUUUAAUUUUCAAAGGUUUUGUGCAAUAAGUUUUUAAGGAAAAAAAUUAAAACAAAACAAGAAAAAUAAAAUCUCCAGAAGGAAAAAUACUAAACUGAAUUUUAGCCAUGGGUAGGCUGUAAAAAUAAAUGAGCUGGGGCAGAGGAACAUACUUCCUUUUGAUACAUGUUCAGUCUGUCCCUCAUCUAGAAGCUUUCUCUGUGGGGAGCAUGGACGACUUGUAGCGGGUUUAACUUUAGAUCAUGCCGGGGAAGAGUCAAUUCGAAGCCCACUGCAGACUCCCACGGCCUUCAAUGGGCUCUGGCUCAGGCCCUGUGAGGAAGGGAUCUUCAAGAUCGGUUGCUAUAGUGACUUCUUCCAGUGUUCCACCAGGCAGAGACUCAUUUUAUUUUUCCCCAACAGUCAAGGCCUUUGCUUUUCAUGUGUCCCCAGGUUUUCUGCCUUCACAUGUGUGUUGUGGCAAAUGGCUGUUGAUAGUUGUCUCUGGGAGCUACAGCUCCAAGAGGAGGGGAAAGGUGAUGGUAGGUUCUGUUUGUGCCCUGAGAAAGUCUUAGAUGACUUCAACUUCUGCUGUCCCCACCUCCUUGUGAAUUUACCAAUUCGCUGAGCUAUCUUUAAGGAUCUCCUGAAAUGUGCUCUGAAAAAUCAACUCCCCCGCACAUAUUCCCGCAGUAAAUCUUUCUGGGAGAAGAACAAGCUAAGUAUAGUUGUGGUGAAUAUAACUUUGGCCUGAUAUAACUGACUAUAACUCCUUCAGGCUUACCUAGAAUUUAUGGGUCAAAACCAAUGCUGCUUUGUGACUUGUGCGGUCCUAUUAGUGAUGUCUCUUUUUCCCUUUCCUUGUCAGUAAUUCUGCCCAUCUCUUCCUCUUGGCUGUCUGACCUCUUGUGCUUUUGCCUCUGAUGUCCCUGCUGCCCCCCCCCAAAAAGGGGGCUGUGGUUGGGAUGUUAAGUUAAUUAGCCUUUCAGCAAAGUCCAUGGCUAAAAUGGCCUUUAGUUUAUUUCCUAACCCUAAAUAAAUAUAUAUACAGAAAUAUACACUUUGUAUAUAUUUAUCUGACUCUCUUUAAAAAAAACAAAACAAAAUAACCAAAAUCUUUCUUUUGAAAAGAGCACGCAGGUUUGAACUUGAGUUUCUUUUUUUCAGUAACUAGUAUAAUAAGCACUGGUAUUUUUGUAUUUAAAAAAAAAAAAAAAGAAAAAAAUGACAAAAUAAAAGAUUGACUAUUAUGUGGUAUGCAUGACAUUAAAAACAAUGGUGGUUUCAAAGCAAUAUGUACCCUGGUGUGUUUGCCAUAUCCUAGAGUCCAGCUUAAAGUGCACCUGAUCUGUAUUUGCAUUUUGAUAUUAUUUAAUCUCUAUGUACAAUGUUUUGCAUGUAAUUUAUAUGGUUCUUGGGGAGGAAAAAAUACUUUUUUGAAUGAAUUGUCAACUAGCUGCUUCUGGGAGAAUUUGGAACUCAAAGCAUAGAUAACGCUGUGAUUGGAAAUGGAAGGGGCAGGGGGAAACUACACAACGGAAGAUAGAGGGGGAAACAAAGGGGUAAUGUUUUGAAUCAAUAAAGCUUUUGCUGUUGAGCAGAAACAAUGUGCGAGUGCAUUGAGAGAAUAAAAUGUGCCCACAUGUAAUUGUGCUGUCCUUAGUGUAUGUCUACCAGCUUGUGAAGUCACUGAUCAUCUACUGACGCUGAGACGAAGGGUUGCACUUAAAGGCUCACCUCCGAGCAAAGCUGUAGUGUGGAAACUGGUGGUGUUUUGUUUGUUUCAAUCUCACACCAUGAAAACAAUUUUAUUUAAAAGGUUUUCCAAUCUCCCUCUUCAGCUAUGGGUGACUGUACUGAACUCUGUUUGUUUCAGUUGUUCUGACUUCUUCCAUCUUCGAGCAAGGUCCAGAAGCAGCUGUCAAACACUAGCCAAAGCUAAUGUCUUCUCACAGAUAGGGCCAUGUGGACAUUUUCCUAUUCCUCUGACAGUGUCUCUCCAGAAGCUGUCUCCAACUGCAGUAUGGCAAUGGAGUUGAACUGCAGCUUUCUAGUUUUGACCUCAAUUCAGUAAAGCCCUUUAAAUAUCCAAGUCCAUCCUUCUUUAGUCAUAUGCUUAAGUGUUUUGUUGAGCUGGAGUCUCAAACUGCAAUUAGCACUCGAAAUUUAUCAAAAGAUGUAGCUGAAACAAGCCCUGAUCCUUUGGCAUUUAUGCUCAGGAAUGGCUUUACUAAUCUGAGUAGUCUAUCAGAACCAAUGGGACUGUUCCCACAAGUGAAACUAUUCAGGGGUUACACCAUUUUUAGGACCAUGUGGUUUGAUAUCCGCCUCCCUUUCAUUACAGCAUAGUCAGCUCAGGAGAGGAGCUUGGGCUGAUGACAGAGCUGGGGCUAGAGAUGGAGACUUGUGGGAAUGAGGGCAGAGCUGGGGCCGGAGCUGGGCUUGGGAGCAGGGCUGGGUGGCACUCCUUCAUGCCUCCUGUUGGGACUGGCCUGGGCCCCCCUGCGCACCCCCCUCCCCCAUUUCAGUGGUAUGCCCCACAGUUUAGGGACCACUGUCUUAGAGACCAGCAAAUCAACUGAUGUGAAUUAAGCUUAGAUCUGAGCUUAGGUGAAUGGGAGAAGUGGUUACAGGAGUUGUAAUGCAAGUUCCUGGCAGGGUCACCAUUGUUCCCAGUGGUGUUCUGUCAAAUAUUUAACCUCUUUUUGGGAUCACACACUAGCUAACCCUUAAGGCCUGUCUUUUUGGGUUUAAAAGAUACAGUCAGAAAUGUAGUUUAUUGUUAAAAGUAAAAGCUGGUUCUGAUUGGAUGCUAUUCAGCACAAAUGCUCCCAGUGGUUUAUGGACCUAGUCAGUUUUUUCUGAACAGCAGCUGCGAUGCUAAUUUACGUAGUUGUGUGGUGUUGGUUUUCUUCCCAUACCCAGUUAUCAUGCCAACAAUUGUGGCUCACACUGUCAGUCUCUCAUUUUUGUGCAUAAUGUCUGUUCCUUGUUACUGUGUUGGCCUGUAGCUCUUUUUGGGCGAUAAUUCGGUUGGUUGGGCAUUGGCAGAUAGGAGCAACAUCAUUAUUCCUACUGAGCUUGCAUCUCCUAUUUCCAUCCUGCCACUUUGAUGGGAACUCCACUGCAAUUAGUUCUACCAAGAUUCGUUGUAAUGGGGCCAGGUUACCAGCUGCAGAGGCACUGGCAUGGGGUCACUGAUGAACCACGUUGCAGUCCUACAGUAGCCAAACUUGUGUGUGAUUGGGAAAGGCUAAGAGAUUGGACUCUAUGCGUCUCAAUCAAAGUUGGGCCCAAACUGAGUGGAGAAGAGAGAUCAGGAUACAAGCUCAGCAGAUUGGGCCCAGAUCCUCAAAGGUAUUUAGGCACCUAAUUCCUUACACCUUUUGACAAGCUGGGCCUUUCUCCCUUAGGCUUUGGGGUGGAUAAAUAGGGCAAAAGUUCUGUUCUUUAACAUAAAUGGCUUUGCACAGAGCUGUAGCAUGACCUGGAUUUGGUGUGAAACAAGCAACUUCAUGUCGCUGAAAUUGGUAGGUCAGGGGGGCCCUUCAUUACUCCAUCACUUAAGUUCCUUUCACGGGAAGGGCCAUGCUCUCUGAGGCUUAGCCUGCACAGUUUUUGUACAAAUACAAAUUUUUCAGUGGGAGGGGUGAUUUCCUACCACUGUAAUUAUACCAGUAACAAGCCCUAGUCUAGAUGUAGUUAUACUGGCAUAGUUUAUUCUGCCUUCACUUAGUGGAAUAAACUGUCCUGGUAUAAGCCAGUAUAUACCAAUAAGUUAUAUUGGUAUAACUGUAUCUGUGUAGUUAGUGGUACAAUUUUUUUUAUGUUGACAAGCCCGUGGUGGUGAUCACUUUUAUGGGUGGGCAAAGCCAAUCUUAGCAUUGAAUUUCAGGUGAGAUUCCUUAGGUUUAGUCUACAUGAGGAAAUUUACCAGCAUAAUUAUACCUCUCUAGUUACACUGAUAAAUGUCUCCAUAUGAACGCUUACUCUAGAUUAAAAGUGCCUUUAUGCUGAUUUAAUUUAAACCCUUCAAAAGUACUACAGGCAAAAUCAGAAAGAAGGCACUAUUAUUCCAGCAUAAAUGUGUCUAAGUGGGGAAAUUUUCCAGCAUAACUAUCAGUAUAAUUAUGCCAGUCAGUUUUCCCAUGUAGACAAAUCCUUAAACCCAUGGGCCAGAUCCUCAGCUGCUAUAAAUCCACUGGCUUCAAUGAAGCUAGGUUGAGCUCUUGACUGGCACCAGCUGGCAUGUGUAAUUAGAAGAAUAUCACUGCUGCAGGAAAAGUUCUGCUUUUCAGAAGUGCGAAGCACCUGUGAUUCCAUUUCCAGUUAAAGUCAAUGGGUGCUGGAAGGGGCCCAGCACCUCUGAAAAGUGAAGCCAGAAUUAAAACUGACUUCUUUUUCUAAAAAGAAAACAACCGAUUUAAAAAGGCUCCCAGCUGCAUACAGGUGUUUACUUCCCACUGCAUGUUACAGCGUGAGCUAAGUAUUUCCUGGGCUUUUACCUCACGAGCCAGACUUUCGCUACCUUGGCUAGUUUGCUAACUGCUUUUGGGCCUUGACUCAACUCCAUUUCACAAGAGCCUCCUACCUCAGUCUUCAUUAACUGAAUGGGGUGGUUGAUAGAGAACUCCUGCAGCCUGCCUGGGGACGUGAUUUAAUUUAAGUGAUGAACUUUUGCUGCUUUAAACAGCCAAACAAACAAAAAAUUGACCCAGCGACUCACUGCCUUAGUCUGUGGUUUAAAAAAAUAAAAAUAAAAGCAAAGCCUCAUUAGAUAUCAGUGCUAAGUAUUUACUGCUUCUGUCCUCCGUGUCUGUCGGCGUCUAUGGUCCUCCACAGUGUGUCUCUGACAAAGCCAGACUGAAUAUGGGAGGCCAUCAGUCAUUCAUGGGCAAGCAUUUUUUAAUCCUGUUGUAAAUAAAAAGAUACAAAAAUGUCA